UUGGGGUCGGGGCUUGUAUUUUCAGGAAACAUUUCGUGGAGUCGCCAUUUUAGAGAGCAUUCGAACCGUGACUGACCAAACAGUUGUUUGCGUGUGCCUGCAAGAAGAGCAGAUUUUGAACGAGCUUUUAAAACAACACGUUUGCUAUCGUUUCCAGUGGAUGUAAGUACAUUCUAAUUUGCUGUUUUUCAGUUGUUUUUGCUUAAAAUCGUCGAAGUGCUGCGAGCGAAUGACUACACACUGAUUGUUGUUUAAGACUCUGAAUCUGUCUGAUUACAAUGAAUUGACGUCUGUUUGCUGUGUAAAGUUGCCUUGAUGCAACGUUUUAUUUGUUAGAAAUGCUUUGUGACUCACAUACACUGUCCCCCCGUUUUGUUUUCUAUUUUGUUCUGUUUAGACCAUGUCUGAGAAGAGGGAGGUCAAGUGCCCCAUGUGCAACUGCACAUACUUGAACAUUGCCCGGCACUUCAAGGCGGCUCACAGAUGCGCAAAUUUAAAAGAGAGGUCCAUCUUGGUGAAGUGGGCAACAGGACAUAUCAAUAUUCGUUCCUGCCCAUGUCCUGUGCUGGGCUGUAAGUACAACCCUGGCCACCACCUGGAUAGACACAUUACAAACACACACAGUGAGCUGUCUGACACCCACAAAGAGGAGAUGCUGGCCCGUGCCAGGACGGUCCAGGCAAGGCUCCUGCUGGGGGAGCUGCGCGCGUCAAUGAGCACUCCAGCCAUGGUCUCAGACUUUGACAAGAGGGAGCUGGAAGACCUGUACGCGCCGGCUGGACAGGUGGUGGAGCAGCAGCAGCCUAGUUCCACUCGAGACCCGGUGUGCUGCAGUGCUGCCUGCGCAGAACAUUUGAAAAGCUACAAAUCUGAGCUGGACACCAUGGCAAAGAUCAGGGUGGACCUGGAGUCUAGGUUGGAGCAGCAGCAGCAGACGAUAACCACUUUAAAAAGAUUUGUGGCCAGUCUUAGGAGGCAGCACGCUCCCACUGCUCAAAAGGUUAAGAGAAAGAGGACUGAGGUGGAGGAGGCAUCCACCAGCUGCCAAUUGGAGCCGCAGUCCGGUGGAGAAACACAGGUCACUGAAGAGCAGGAGACCACCACCUCAGCUGCACCAUCCAACCUCCCCACCCCGAAGGAGGUGAUCCAGAUCCCUGGAGCGAAAGAGCAGAUUGUGUUGCCAACUCAUGCGAUAGGAGCAGAGGAGGAAAAAGAGACUGCGGGCCCAGCAUCCUUCUCUUGGUCAGCUGGAACAGGAAAGGGCAACUUGAUGAGGCGCAUAAUCCUGCCAGAAUCUAUGGCAAUGUCCCACCACCUCAAGCGCUCCCAUAGGGUGACGAACCUGCAGGAGAGGGAAAUCUUGCUUAAGCAGGCCUCUGGAAGAGUAAAUAUUAGGAAUAUACCAUGUCCUGUGUCCGGCUGCACCUACAAUAAGGGCAGGUGUGACAAACACCUGCGUACAGGCCAUCCAGAGCUGACGGACACAAUAAGGACAACCUACAUUGAUGUGGCGAAAGAGAAGAAGACAAAGCAGCUGCUCAUGGAGCUGAGGGCAACGAACCCGGUUCCUCCAAUGGCUUCUGCCCUUGAUCUGGGGAGCGAGGAUGAGGAAGGGGCUGAUGUCGGGUCCCCUUACGCAGCCCCCAGCUUCGACUGUGGCGGCUGCCGCUCUUUAGCAUUGGAGAACGAGGUUCUCAAAAACGAGCUGGCCAAGCUUCGGUCCAGCUCCAAAGCUCUCCACAAGCGCCUCAGGAGGGUAUUAAAGGGGAAGGGCUUGUCUGCCUCAGAUGUUGCUGGGGUAUCAGAGGAUGAGGAGGAGGGGGACGCUGGGCCCUCAUCCUCAGGUUUAUCAUUAACAUCCCAGGCAGUGUCCCCAGCUUCAUCUAAGUCUGCAGGGGCUCAGUCUUCCUCCCAUGCCAUGUCCCGAGCUACCACCAAGGCUGCAGGGGCUCAGUCUUCCUCCCAGGCGGACCUGCCCAACAGAUUUUUGACUUUCCCCAAAUCUAUCGAGCAGUACAUUGGGGUAUAUCAACGUUUUUUGGAGGGAGCUUGCCCCUCCAAAAAACAAAUUGAAAAUUCCUUCUCCUGGGUGUCCAGGGUGAGGGCAUUUUUAAAUUACAUGGCCCUGGGGAACUCAGAGGUGAACAGCUGGCUGUUCUUGAGUGAUACGCUGAAGAUCCAAAACUGGACCGCACAACUUCUGAAGGCUGGGAAGAAAAUAACAACGGUUAUGUUUUACUUGAGGAAUGUUUAUCAGUUCCUUCAGUAUUUCAAAGAUACUCCACCCCAACGUAGCCGUAUGUCCAAGUCACAAGUGAUUGGUUCCAUUCGCAUGGUGCGCUCCUGCAUGAGGCACAUGCAAGCGAAGGUAACCCUUCAUCAGAUCAGUGUGAAGUCAGCCAAAGAGAAGCGGGCCAUCUCCCAGGAGGUCCUUGCCGCCUACAGGCAGCAGGCGAGGGAAAAAAUCCCACAGCUUCUGGGUGAGAAUCAGUCAUUUUUUUUACCCUUAAAUAGUUAG